CACACACACAGUAACCGACGGGAGCGGAGACGCGGACCGGUUCCAGGGGACGGGACAGCCUCGCGGACGCUCCACCGGCUUCCUUUCGGGAGACAGCGGAUAAACGGCGGCUCCGGUAGCGGCAGAGGACACAGAGUUGUAGCGCGCGCGACUUUCCUGUGAAGUUGAAGCCGCUCUCUUCUGUCGCUCCGAGGAAGAGGAGCGCAGCCGCGACUUGUGUCUUUUGGAUUUGACAAACGAGCGGAAAACACGGGUCCGUGUAUGGCCGGAAGCUCGCACAAAUAAUUGAGCCGAAGUUAAAAGUUCACCGUCGCGGCAGGUUGGCAAAUGGUGUGACAUUUUCGGACGGUGUGGAAAUUGCUCUCCAGCGGUCGACGGUCGAGUGGCGGGGUAAAAACCCGAGCUGUCAAACCCGAUGACUACUGCAAACUGCCCCGGGAAUGAGGAGCUGGACUUCAGACUGAUCUUCGGGGAGGACGGGCAGCAGCAGCCUUUAGGCCCCGCAGAUCUGGAGCCUGAUGACAACACGUCGUUUUAUAUCCUGAAUGUGGGCCAGCCCCAGUCUAUGGUCAGUAACCACCAGUCUAUUGGGCUGCAGCGUCAUGGCAUCCAGCCUCACUCUCAAGUCAUCAGCACCUCACCGCGCCUUCAGCCUCACAAACCAGGACCCGAGCCUACGAGCUACGAGGUACAAGACUCCAAGUAUGGUACCUCCCCCCUGCUGCCCUCUGCUCCCGUCGAGGCGCCGAAGGCCUUCGAGUGCCCCAGUAUCCAGAUUACCUCCAUCUCUCCGAGCUGCCAGCAGGAGAUGGAUGCCAAUGAGGAAGAUCUGAGGGCCAAUGGCCCAGAUGGGGACUAUCACGGUGACAGACCUUUGUCCAGAGACCACCUGUAUUUGCCACUCGACCACUCGUACCGGGACUCUUCGCUCAGCCCCAGCCCGUGCAGCAGCCUCUCCUCCAGGAGCUGGUUCUCUGACGCCUCCUCCUGUGAAUCAUUCUCACACGUAUACGACGAUGUUGACUCAGAGCUGAAUGAAGCAGCUGCUCGGUUUACUCUGGGCUCCCCCCUCACGUCGCCAGGGUGCACGUCCCCUCAAGCUGGCGGCGGAGUCCUGGAGGAGCAGCCCCACUGGCAGCACCACCACCCAGCUUUUGCACAGCACUCCCACGCCAUCAGCUUGUCUCCAAGACAAUCCCCCUGCCACUCGCCGCGCACCAGUGUCACAGAUGAAAACUGGCUCAGCCCACGUCCGCCCUCCAGACCCUCGUCUCGUCCCACCUCGCCCUGCGGGAAGAGGCGCCACUCUAGCGCCGACAUCUGUUAUCCCAGCUCACUGUCUCCUCAUCACUCGCCCACACCCACGCCGGGACCUUCGCCUCGGGGCAGCGUCACAGAGGACACAUGGAUUGGCAGUCCCUCUGUAGGCAUGUCGCCCUUUCAGUGUUGCCCAUCUGAGGCGGACAUCCCAUCCAAGACCAGGAAGACCUCACAGGACAGAACAGCUCUGCAGACUGGGAAAGGGGAGCUGGGCCUAGAUGACCAGGGAAAUAUGUCUCCUAAUAUAGAUUCUCCCUCAGAUGACGUCUUGCACAGCCUGAAGAAGGAUGGCCCUGUGGAACAGUUCCUUUCUGUGCCCUCCCACUUCUCAUGGAAUAAACCCAAGCCUGGUCAUACGCCUAUAUUCAGGACCUCCUCGCUGCCUCCUCUAGAUUGGCCACUGCCGAGCCAGUUUGGCCAGUAUGAACUGAAGAUAGAAGUGCAGCCCAAAGCUCAUCACCGAGCCCACUAUGAAACCGAGGGCAGCCGAGGAGCCGUCAAAGCAGCGUCGGGUGGACAUCCAAUCGUCAAGCUCAUUGGCUACAGCGAGAAGCCUGUCAACCUGCAGAUGUUCAUCGGAACAGCAGAUGACCGUUACUUGAGGCCUCACGCCUUCUACCAGGUGCACCGGAUCACCGGCAAAACUGUGGCCACGGCCAGUCAAGAAAUCAUCGUCUCCAGCACCAAAGUUCUCGAAAUUCCUCUCCUUCCUGAAAACAGCAUGUCGGCCAGCAUCGACUGCGCCGGCAUACUUAAGCUGCGAAAUUCAGACAUUGAGCUGCGAAAGGGGGAGACGGAUAUAGGACGAAAGAACACGCGGGUCCGCGUGGUCUUCAGGGUUCACAUCCCUCAACCCAACGGGAAGGUGCUGUCGCUGCAGGCUGCCUCCAUUCCCGUGGAGUGCUCCCAGCGUUCAGCUCAAGAGCUGCCUCAGGUGGAGAAGUCCAGCCUGACCAGCUGUUUGGUCAGCGGGGGAGAGGAGAUGGUCAUCACCGGCUCCAACUUCUUUCCUGAGUCCAAGGUCAUCUUCCUGGAGAAAGGCCCCGAUGGACGACCACAGUGGGAAGUUGAGGCAAAAAUAAUCCGUGAGAAAACUCAAGGCUCGUGCAUUGUCGUGGAGGUCCCUCCCUACCACAGUAAGGCUGUGAGCUCAGCUGUGCAGGUGCAGUUUUAUGUCUGCAAUGGCAAGCGGAAAAGGAGCCAAUCACAACGCUUCACUUAUCUCUCAGUCAUGGUUAAGCAGGAGCACAGAGAUGAGCUGGAUCUUCCUGCGGUGCCCCCCAUUUCCAUGCCCCUGGCACACGCCGCCAGUCUGGUGCGCACCCAGCUGCCUUCUCCUGAGCAGGGCCACCCAUCGGACAGCCUUCUGUCCAGCUCCCCUCAUGGCCUGGCCGCAGGCUCGGGACCUGGUCUGCUGCCCCUGCAGGCCCCCUGCCCCUCCCUGGGCUCCCCAUCCUUUCAGCACCUGCCUCACCUUCAGGGUCGCAGUCUGCACCACCCACCCGCCGACUGCCACAUGACGUUCCACUCCGGCUCGGCCCCCGCUCCUCUCCCUGCCCCCUCCCGGCCCUCCUACCCGUCCAUGCAGCACAGUCACGGUCACAGCCUGCCCUUUAACGGCCAGCCCAGCCUUUCUCCGCAAGGCUACGAGAGGAUUCCCUUUCAGCAGAGCCCCAAUGCAGCGUCCCACCCGAUGAGCAUGGGGAUGGUGUACUCCUCCUCUCCGUGCUCCUCGCCGUCAGCUCCCUCAUCCUCAAACAGCAACCCUAUUGCUGGAUCCCCCCAGAGCCAGCAGCCCCUGCUGACCCCGUCAUCCCCACACCUCCACACUCUGGGAGGCUAUCACUGCUCCCCGAACCCCACCCAGGUCCCCUCUCCCUCCGGACACCCGCUCACGGGGCAGCACCCCUCGCAGCUGCAGAGGGCCAUGGGCUACCACCCAGUGAGUCAGAGGUCGGCUUCUUGCCCCACGCCGUCCAGCGCCCCCCCUCCACGGAUGAUCCCCUCUCCCCACUCCGGGCCGUCUUCCCCUCAGCUUCACUCGCUCCCCUACCAGUCUCCCACCUCAUCUUCCCCCACCUCAGGAGGCAGUCCCCUGGGGGCUCUGCCGCAGCAGCAGCAGCAGCCCUCUCCCCAGGCUACGAGCCCGGUCAUGACCGGUCUGUCCCCGGCAGCAGUGGGACCCCUGGUUCAUCCUCUGAGCCCGCCGGGCCCCUUCUCCACAGACGGGGAGAGGCUGAACAUUAAACAGGAGCCUGAAGACAGAGAGCCCACCUUCCGAUCCAUUGGCCUGCAGGACAUCACGCUGGAUGAUGUAAACGAGAUCAUCGGCAGAGACAUGUCCCAGUCCCCCAGCGCUCACGGUCCCCCAUCGUCCCAGAACCAGUCCUAGCUCCACAAGCCCCUCCCCCCCCCCCCACCACAGAGCUGGUCCUGGUCCAGGCGGGGUCCUGACAGGAAGGGGACUCUGGUGGAGACGCAGCCAGAUCGGAGGUCCUGUGAAAGUCACAAAGAGAGAAGAUUCCAUCCAGGACGGUUUGUCUUGUUUCGAGCUGCAGACCCGGGAGAUGAGCUGGACUGAGCAGCGGGGGAACCGGGUGCAGACGGGGAGAAGCUCCUGGGUUCAGAGCCGUCUGAGCGUGACGCCUCCUCGAAAGUACAUCUGUCUUCCUGACCGACCCUCGGCGCUCGGCGCCCGGAGCACACACUCCAGCGCGGCGUCUCCGGCGUCCCACAAGCAUCACAACACAGCCCACAGUAAAAGGAGAAGGCAGAGAGCCAGGGCCGGGUUUCAACUUCUUCAGGAGGCUGCGUCUUCAUUUUUUUCUCUUUUAUAGUUUUUUUUUUUUUUUUUUUUUUCUCAGGCAACAUUGUUAGGAAAAAUCAGGAUCCAGAAACUCAGAACCCCCUCUGGCUUUGCUCGGCAGAACAUCAGCAGCAGCACGACGCGUCAAAACUUGAAAUGUGUUUUAUUAGCCGUUAAAUUGGAUUACCAGACACUCAAAUCAGACCUUUACACCCUUCAUCGGUUUACAAAAACAAGUCCAAUUUGGAAGCUCGCUGGUUUUUGCCGCCAGGCUGAAAUUCCCCUCCUCGUGACGACGAAGCCCUUCGGGUCUGGAGUUCGGUUCUCCGCCUGCGGCGACGCUUCUUGAUUCUGCAUCCUGCUACAUUCCACAACUGUUAGUGACCGUGCAGUCGUGUAGAUAUCUGUACAUUAUCUCUCUUUUCCUUUCCCCUCUCAUCCCUCUUCUCCACCUUGAACAAAUGCCUUAUUGACAUUUAGCAGCUUUGAAAGGUAGUGAAAGCUUUUUCUUGGUUUUUUUGCACAGCAGCAGGCUUUAAGUCGGAGGGUGUGUUGGGGAAACUGACAGCAGACGGAUGGAGACACCCAGUUAUUCCCGCAAUAUGUUCAAGUGUUUUCAUCGCUCCACUGAGACGGAGGACAUGCAAUAACUCCAAAUCUCCCAGGGGCCUUUGCGUGCCUUCUAUUUCCUAACAGCCACCGUACCUCCACGGGUAUGAGAGCCGAGGCCACGAGUCGCGGGACGUUUAUCUGGCAGAAGCUGGGAAAGCAUUUUCUUGUGUGUCGUGUCCCUCUCGAUUGGAAAAAGGGGAACAUCCCAAAGUAAGCAGCACGCGUACGGAGCGGGGUCUUCCACAGCCGGUUCUCAACAGUCAGAAGACUUCUCCUUCAUGGUUUCCAGAUCGUUUCCCCCGGGACAGACAUGCAGCGCCGCCGCGGCAGAACACACUCCAGGAGCCAGUGUGUUCAGGCAGGCUGUGUCAGAUAGGAUGUGGAUGUGAAUGGACACAUGCAGCUGUGUGUGCGUGUGUGUGUGUGUGUGUGUGUGUGUGUGUGUGUGUGUGUGUGUGUGUGUGCACGCGCGCGCGUUUCUUUUCUUUCUUUUUUCUUUUUUUUUUUUUUUUUUUUUUUGCCUUAAGCUUGACAAUGAUGCUCCUGCGCGUGAGAGCUCAGGAGUGUUGCUCACCACAGUUUGAAGUCAGUUUCCAGGUGAAAGUGAUUCUGCUAUGCAUAACAUUUUGCCUAAUGCCUUUAAAAUGAUAACAGUGAUAAUAUUGAUAUUUAAAAAAAAAAAGACAAAAAAGACCUUGAUGCCUAUAGAAGUAGACUGUAGACUUGUUGUAGACGCUUGAUGGAACCUGUUAGCGCCCUGGAUUUGUCAGUCAGCCAAUCUGCCUUCGAGGACACAGUACAAGCAUCUUAGCAGGCUGGUUAGUGUGCGUGUGUAUGUGUGCGUGUGUGUGUGUGCGCGUGUGUGUGUGUGUGGAUGGCUGAUGUUUCUACCAAAUAUGCUGUACAGACAAGAGGAAUUUUAAGACUCCUACUUUCAACAACAGAAGCACACACCCGUAUUUAGGCUAUGCAAACCGAAACAGCAGCAGAUGUGACAUUCAAUUAUGAAAAUGAGAUUAUGAACUACAUGAGGUCUAAAAGACACCGUGGGAUAGUGAGAGUAUCACGUCACUAUGUAAACUAUUAGGAUGCCUUAACUCUUGUUUGAAAUCCAGUUUGUCUGUAUGCUGUUCUGGGGUGAUCUUUUUUUUUUUUUUCUCCUGUGACUAAGACAUAAGUCAGUAACUAUUAUUAAUAUUCUUUUUGUUUGCUUUUGGGGGCACAGUGUGGACUUUUUAAGGGUUGGGUGGGAGAAGGGAGAUUGGCUUUUUUUCUUGAGAGACUUGAGUCGACGACAAAACUAAACCAGCAUCGACAGCAUCGACUCUGGCUGCCGUCCUCCUCUGUCACAACCAAAGACCGAACAAUAUGUUCCCGUUUUACACAAUAGUAAAGCAACAGAGACUCUACUACUCUAUUUUUGAUACUUUGAAAUGGAUGUCAUUCCUAAGAGGUUGGGGACAUGUAUGAGUGUGAUAUAUAUAUAUAUAUAUAUAUAUAUAUAUAUAUAUGCACACGGAUAAAAUUGUUUUGUAAAAUAAAGGGAAAUACAGGUUUAGCUGAUGUUUACCAAGCCUUGUAUUGUCAUUUCUUGUAUAUUUUGUAUGUUAAAUUUUUUUGUAAUUUUUAAGACUGCAGUGCUUUUUGAAUUCAAAGGGAAAAAAAUAAUACCUUGCAUCAUACUGUAGGCUCUAAAGUAGUGUACAUCAAUAAAACUGAAAAUUCUGCCAUG